AUUUGAAUAGCACGCCAAAUAUUUUAGUUCACGAAGAAGGUUUACUCCAACCGAAGAUGGCGGUAGUGCAUAAACCGUUACACCCCAUUGCAUGGCAGUGUCGACCCCUUGGCUGAAGAUGGCCGCGCGAAGGACGCGUAGAGAAUCCCGAAUGCUGUAUAAUCAAGAAUAGUGAUAAAUAUUACGCCCAAAAACAAAAAUAGCGACCAGUAAUCUUCAAGAUAAGGACCUUAACAGACCACAGAUAUAAGGAAAAGGAAGAAGCUAUAGAAAGUUUCAAAGGUGGCAACAAAAAGUGAAACGAAGGAACAAAGGUCGGUCGGGACUAAAGCAUGCUAAGGCACGCCACGUGGCACCAAGUAUUACCCAUAGAAAUAGAACGGUGGAAUAUAUUUCGUGCUCACGUAGAAGACUAGGAACGUAUUAUACGUUGUAGUACACAUGGAGAAAACCACGUAUAUUAUAUGACUUAUACUUACUCGACCCUGCCAUAACCUCAGAGGCCUGUAGUUCAUUAAAUCUAUGUCUGGAGCAACGAAGUUAACAGAGAAACGAAAAAGCAAAACUAUUUCAAGAAGUCGAACUUGUGGUACUGGGCCUAUACACUUUGGCCGAAAGUCAUCGUACCAAAGAAUAAGAAGAAGAACCACAAGUUUCGUCCACGGUUGAACGGAGAAAUUGGCAGCACACAUGGCUAACAGACAUUGAAAGGAUAUUAGAUAUCAACAACCGCUUUUGAGCGAUGAGAUGAAGUAUUCCGAGAACUCGUCAUUGGGAAUUGCUGAAAAUCUUUCUUCACUGCUCGAUGAUACUAGAGAGUUGACUGGAAGUUUGAACCUGAAAAGUACAAUUGACAUGGAGAGAGAGCUUGCCCGGGAAAUACUUCGAAGGUGCAGUGAAGAAAGAGCAUAUUCUGAUAUUGAAAUCGACAAAGAAAAGGAUCUGAAUCAACAAAAAGUAUCAAGUGAUAAUACUCCAUCAAGUUUAAUGAGUUCUGGUAACACACUUCUCGGUCAAACUUUUUCUCUUGGUCUCAGCAAUUUUCUAAGUUCACCCAUAAAUAAUGUAGCUACGUUGAACGAUAAUAAUCCUGCUCCUAGUGUUAAGUUGGACACUGCUAGGAUUAGCUUCGAGCCAAUGGAGAUAACUGAAUGCUCAUCGAUAUCGAGUAAAGGAGACACCUAGGAAUUACAGCAAGUUCCACCAAAGGAAUAAGUUUCAACACAGUUAAUGCAGAAAUCAUGGCUCAAUUUGCUAAUGAAUUUCAGUCUGGGCUCUCGGGUGGCUAGUCUUUUUUAUUGACUGAUGAAGCCUCGUGGCAGCAAAAUCACCUACAUGCUUUACCAAUUGCAACCAGUUGAGAAAAAGUGCGUUUAAAUUUGUGAGGUUUUUUUUGGAACUAUCGGAGAACCAGAUUUCAUGAUAGAAUCCUGUAUGAGUCGAAAAGUGUCUGUUGGAGAAUUCUUUAAAAAAAAAGUGCGACAAAUUCGAGACACAUCAACAGCAGAAACAGUACCCAGACCAAGUUAUGGUUUUUCGGUUUCUACUCCGAAAAAGGAUGGACAUCUGAUACCACUGGUUGAUCAAACCUUGUCGAUAGAAGCAAUUUCAAUUUGUUACGAAAAGGAUACCCACCUUCCAGUGGAUAUUACUAGCACAGUGGCUAGGAAGACUAGUUUAAUGAGUAUGA